AAACUACUUUUGUAAACAACAUGUGAAUGUGGCUAUUUAGUGGUUGUUUUAUAAGAUUAAAAUAAUGAAUAACAUAUUAUAAAUUUUAAGAAGAUAAAAAUUACUACUGUGUAUGGUAUUAAAAUGUCGCAUCAAUUAGGACGAGUUGUUUCAGAGAUUCUCCAUCGGUAUUUUGGUGAACUUGUACAACAAGUGGGAAAUGAUUUGUUUAUUUAUGGUAGCAAGCCAAUUUCUAUGAUCGUGAAGACUACAGGACUUCCGCGAAAGCAGGUAAUUGAAAGUCUUCGCACACUUCUCAAGUUUGAUUUGGCAUCAUUUGAACCAUCGGUACAUGAAGUUGUUGCUGAUUAUAAACUGCUUCCCGAUAACGUUUUGCUUCUUAUCAGAUACCCAAGAUAUCUCUUGCAAAUAAAGAGUAAAUACGGUACGGAGGCGGAGCUUUUGGUGGAAGAGCUUUUACAACAAGCAACAAGUACUGCUACUGGAUUAUUGGUUACCGUAGCUACUAAGAAUAAAGAUGACAAGGAAAAGAAUAUAACAAUAUUGAAACUAAGAGACACAUUUGUAAGUCUGGCCACUGCGGGAUACAUCCAACAGGCGCCAGUGGCUGACACGAAAGAAGGCAGUAGUGAUGUACCGUCAUUAGUGCCCGUAGCAACAAUAGUACCUGAUCUGGACACCAGGCAGUUGUUGCACGCAAUGACUACCGGUAGUUUAGCAGAUAUUAAAGAUAGUAAGUGUAUAGUAAGUGUAUAUUUUGAAAAACACAUUGUAUUUUUAUAACUUCUAAAUGCGCUGCAAAAUUAUUAACUCCCCCAUGUCGUUUUCCGACUACCACAUGAGCCGCGAUGAUGCCGCGAGUGAAACCUCGUUGUUUAUUUAGAUAUAAUAUUUACAAGUCGAUACAGAGUAUAAGCACUAGGUUUGAGGAAAUAUAGUUACAUAAAAUGAAAUUGUUAUAAUAUUAAAUGUUAUUAAUGUUAAAUUUUCUAAUGUGAUAGAGCCAAGCAGCAGCUAUAUUAAUAGUAUAGCUGUAGCACGAAUGGGUCGGCUCGACCGGGGAAGGACCACGCUCUCACAGAAUACCAGCGUAAAAUAGCAGCUUAAUGCUGCUGUAUUUCGUAUGGUGAGUGUAGAGAACCGGAAAAAAUAUGGCGUGCCCCAAGGCAGUGUACUGGGGCCACUAUUAUUGUUCGCGCAAAACACUUUCAAGGAUUGACGCGAGAGGGCGCUCGGCGCGGUGCUUCAUACCGGUUUGACUUUCGGUCGUGCGAAAAACGCCCAAGGGCAGUCAGUCGUCCAUAAUCGGUGCUGACGUGAGCACGCGGUCCGUUCUGUUAGGGAACUCGGAAUAAUUAGGUGCGGCCCGUAAAUAUACGGUCUAGGAUUUGUGACGCGCAUUCCUACUGGAGAGCUUCCCGGGACUUAUUGUGUCUGACUCAGAACCUGCAUAAGUGCAUUCGACAAUAUAAGCUAGUGCGGCCUCGGUAUUUAGAACUAACUGUUGCCACGCGAAACGGUAGUGACCUUUGACCCAGAAACUCCGGGCGUGUUUUGUGCGGUAACCUUAUACCCCGCGAUAGUUAGUGGCUUCUGUAAGCUAGUUAAUCGUACGAUAGAGUUAAGUGACUGUCAUCGUGGUGAACCAAGAAAGUGACUGUGGAUAACCUCGAAAGGCCCCCUCAAAUUGGAGCGGUGUCGACGCUCGGGCUGCUGCCGACGGCUAAGGUCCAGGUUUAAUCACCAUCAGUCACACCCAGAUACACACCACAUCACCAUUCUUUCUCUUGCACUACACAACUACAUGCGACCUGACCGACUCCGGAGGGACCAGUCGUCUUGGAUCGAGGUAAGUGAACUCCACCAAAUUCCUUCCGGUCGACUGGCCGUAGUAUAACGCUCCCCCAUAUAUUUUAGUGUAAUUAGAGAGAUUCCACGUGGCCUUAGGAGGCCCGACCUACGUCUGCUCGGGAGGUCUUCAGCUCAUGGGCCCCUGAGGAUCUGAUCCUUUACGGGAGCAGCCGUAGGCCGUAACAAUCUGGUAGCAGAGCGCGGUUCCGGGUUCGAUUCCCCGGUCGAUCCCGACCAUAGUGUUUGAUAAACAUUAAACAAUUCUGGUGGCAGGGAGCGUUGGUUUGAUUGGUUUAAUUUGUAUCUACAAUCACGCCCGUCCGUAAUACGUAAAAAUAUUUUUUUGUACGUAAUAAUAGAAUUAUUUCCCUUUGUUCUUUGUUGCUUGCCUUUUUUUUUGGUUAGUGGGUAGAUUUGAAAAGCCGCGCCCUUGGUUGCGCAAGCGGGAGUUUUCUAGAGAUAUACGUCAUGUAGGUAGAUGGUUAUUUUUACGUAAUCGGUUAAUUAUCGUUGUCGGAUAGUUGUAGUGGAUUACUUAUCGAAGGGUCGAUUUCCGAGCUAGGCAUUUUUUGUUGAUCGACCGUGAUGUGUAUCUUCGUUUAUACUGUAAGUUGUAUUUGAACUAAAGAGUAGUAAUUGUAUUUGCGCCAUUUGAAUUUAACUUGAUUUGAUCGCACUAGUAUUUGUUAUUUGUUAAUUUGAUUUGUGUCUUUUCUUUUGUGCUAACUUGUAUUUGGUUGAUACGUAGUAAUUCGUAUUUGUGUAAUUCCUAUUCAACGCGAUUUGAUAGGAACUGCAUUUAUUAACUGUUAAUUUUUGUUGUAUUUUUUGUUUGUUAUCCUUGUAAUCCGUGCUCAAGCCGCGUCGUAAUUGGCAUUUAAUAGUGAUGACAUCGCCCAAGCUACUGAUCCGUUGUUUGCGGACUGAGCUACGCUGGGCCACAAGCGCCCAUGCUUUGAUAGGUCGACCGGAUAGGGUCCAUAACUUGAUGAAGCGGUUCGAGCAGGUGGAUGCUCGAAGGGCAGCAGUGGAGGAGGCUUACGCUGAGCUCGAGGAUUCGGAUGUGGAGAAGGGAGUCCUGGACUCCUGCUUCGCGGACUAUGAGCAGUUCUUGUGGCUCACGGACGAGUUGAUCGAGGCUGAAGGCAGGUAUGCCGAGGAGGCGCGUGAAGCUCGGAUGAGUGACCUGUCCGAGUCCUCUCUGAAGCAGCUUCAGCCGGAGCUGUGGGGACGACUCCCAACUUUGGACCUGCCAAAGUUCUCCGGGGUCCUUUCCGAAUGGCUGACCUUCGUUGGUCUUUUCGACAGCCUAGUGGACGCCCGGAGUGACUUGACCCCGAGCCAAAAGAUGGCGUACCUCCUGGCCUCACUGGAGGGGAAGGCCCUGGACGUCGUCGGCCACUUGAGAUUGUCGGACGACGCCAACCAGACUGCUCGGGACCUCCUAGCCAGAAGAUACGCCAACGUCCGGCGAAUUGCGGACGAACAGGUUAAGCAGCUUCUAAGCCUCCCGCUGCUUAGUGACCGAGCCAGACUACGUCCGGACCUGUUGGAUCCAGUCUUAGUGGCCUGUAAUACGUUGAGGCGGCUGGAAUUACCAGUGGGCGAAUGGGCUUUUUUGUUGCUCCGCAUCGUGCUGUCCCGUCUACCUCUCGACCUUCUAAUCCAUUUUGAGGAGAGGUACAGCGGGGACGAGGCCUCCUAUAUUCCGCCCUUCUAUGACCUGCUGCGGUUUUUGGAGGAGCAGUGCCGGCAGAUCGAGAACGCGGCGGGCACCGUUGACGACUUACGAGACGUGCCCAGUGAGAGGCUGAACCCGCCAGGCAAGUCGUCGUCAACCCCCCCCUGCUCCUAUUGUCGAGCAUCUGAUCACCGGGUAACGUCGUGCCCGAAAUUAUUAGGUAAGCCGGUUCCAGCGAGGCGAACUAUCGCCAAGGAGCGCCGCUGGUGCUGGUCAUGUCUGGGAGGGCACCUCCAGCGAGACUGUCCGCAUCGACGGCCCUGUCUGCAUUGCCGGGGCAAUCACCAUGCCGUUUUGUGCCUGGGUGCGAACGGCGUCUCCUCUCGGGGCUCUGCCGGGCCCUCGACCCCCACGGGCGGGGGCGCUCAGCCGCGCCCUCUGCAGGGUGACUCUCGGCGCCCGCCGGCCAGCCACCGGGCCCCUAAGUUUGAAAGGAGUCCCUCCCCCGAACAGUCGGGGGGUGAUUCCCCCAGGGGCGGGGGUGUCAUCACCCCCCCUCAGCGUGUGGAGAGGAACUUCACGGCCACUCAUCGGUCCGCUGGACCCUUCUCACUUCCGUUAGCUGAGUGGCCGCGACUGGUGUACCACUGUUCCCCAUUUGAUGGAGGCGGCCCUGGUUAACUGCCGCCUUAGCUCCCACCACGGCCACCUCCACUGAGCCUUAAACCGUCAACAGUCCACUUGUCAAAAUGUUCUGUUGCCGACGGCCUCAGUGAAGGCGUACAACCCGAGUGGCAACUGUUAGAGGUUGUGCUCUAUUUAUCUCGGGUUCACGCCAUGUGGCCUCCCCUUGGUGGUGGGAAGAUUAGGGCCCCCCUGGAGCGUUGAAUCACGCUGUCAAGGGGUAUUAGAUUUGGUUUGGUCGAGCACUUAGUC